AUGGCCGCCGUCGCACAGCACGCUAUCCCCUUCUCGCGCCCCGCGACCCCGGGGCACGCUGUGUACAACAUCGGUUUCUAUGGACUCGGGUCCAUGGGCUACUUCAUGGCGCGCAACCUCGCCGCGCACCGUGCGGCCAACACCGGCUCGGGCCCGCUCUUUGUCUACAACCGCUCCUCCGCCAAGUGCGUGCAGCUCCAGAAGGAGCUCGGCGCGGACAAGGUCCGCAUCGCCGACUCUGCCGAGCAGCUCGUGCUUGAGUGCGAUGUAGUGUUCACGAGUCUCGCGAGCGACGCGGUGGUGAAGGCUGUGUAUGAGAAGUUCGCUGAUGCGCUCAAGGUACGUCAUCAUGGUAAACCGAUAGGCGCACCCACCGACCAGAAACAAGAUUCUCGUGGAAAUGAGCACGAUCUACCCGACGCUGGCAGCUCAGGCGAGCUGGACACGAUCCUUUCGAAUAUCCCGCAUACGCACCUUGUCACCGGCCCUGUCUUCGGCCCGCCAGCGGCGGCCGAAGCCGCCAAACUUAUCUGUGUUCUCGCGGGCGACUACCGCUCAAAGAAGGAGGUCGCGCAUAUUCUUGUUCCGGCUGUCGGACGUAAAGCGAUGGACUUAGGUGGUAACCUGGAGAAAGCUCCCACGUUCAAGCUCAUCGGUAACUCCAUGAUCCUCGGAUCACUUGAAAUCCUUGCAGAGGCGUUCACGCUCUCUGAGAAGACAGGCAUCUCUGCAUCACAAACAUAUGAGCUCGUCAAGGACAUGUUCCCUGCCCCACCAUUCAUCAACUACGGUAACAAGAUGGUCACGGACUCGUUUGACGGAAAGACAGGCUUUGCAAUCGAUGGUGGUCUGAAGGAUGCAACUCAUGUACGGCGGCUCGUGACGGAGUUCAAUUCGCCGAUGCCAGUGGUGGAUGCCGCGCACGCGCACAUGCUAACGGCACGCGCAAUCCACGCAGAGCAGAUCCGUCGCAACUCUGCUGCGUAUGAAGUCAUCGACUGGAGCGCCCUCAUUGCUGGUACCAGGGUUGCGGCGGGGCUUGAUGCGUUUGACAGUGCACAGGAGGUGUGUUGA